AUUUUUAAUAACGAUCUCAUACUUGCACAUUGUCAAAAUUGGAAUGAUGUUUACAUUCAGAAGUAUUGUAACUUUGACACACCUUCUUGUCGCAUAUUAUUAUAUCAGAAUGUCAAAACUGGGUUGAAUACUUGAACGAACAUGAGGAGUUCUAUUUUUGGCUUUUGAAGAGGGUGCCCAAGACACUUCUUGUCCGACAUAAAAGACUUAACAUUCGACAGAUAUUAUAUAUGACCCGAAAAAGCCCCCGAAUUAGUUGUUGAUAGACUAUGUGAUUGUUGUGCGCUGUACGUUUCGGUCCUUUCAAUCUUCUUCGUCCUCCUCGGAGCUUUCUCGGCCAUGUUUAUGCUACGCGGAGAUGGGAUCGUGUUGUGUGGAAAACGAUGGACGAGGACAUUAUAUAAAUUCACCUAAAUUUUGUUAAAAUCGUCUUUUGCAACCUCAUUAUCUUUAUUUAUUAUUAUUAAGUAAACAAAGAAAGAAAAUAUAGUUGCUGAAAACAACACAUUACUCCAAAGUGUUAUUACGUUUCCCCGGAAAACAUGGAGACAGUUCGAGAAAAGCGAAGGAAAUCGUAAACAGAACAUGCCUCAAAAUUAUUAUCACGCAGCGGAUAAUGCAUACGAUAUUCUGUUAUCACGAUAAUUAAAUGCUGUAUUGAAAUUAGAUUUUAAUUAAACGGCUGCCUUCGAUAAAUUCGAUUCAAGUAGGUACUUGACUGGCGAGAUAGCCGAAAACUGCGGAAGAUUAAAAGGAACGACUGGUCGAAGCCGAAACCAUUCCGCCAACAAUAAAUAUAAGCGGACAUUUGAAUUAUUCCAAAGUGACAAUCAGUUUUUCGAAUAGUGAAAACACAAUGAUCGUGAAUUACUUGAAGCACUGUCUCCACUGCUCGCUGCUGUUGGGGUUGGUAUGCCUGUUCGAAUACAACGCGAGGGGGUCCGAAGAAACGAAACCCUUCAACCCAUGGAUCAGGUAUGGAUACACUUGGACCAUAAUCCUGUAUCUCCUGAAAGCCGUUACAUUUAUACCGAUUCCCCAAGCGAUAUUCAACUUCGUCGGACUCAUCAUUUACAACGCUUUUCCAAGUAAGGUCUCUAUCAAAUCUUCCCCCGCGAACGCCCCUUUCGUUUGCUUCAGGGUAGUGACGCGUGGUAACUUCCCCGAUCUAGUCAAAUCGAACGUCCAACGUAACAUGAAAACGUGUUUCGAAGUUGGCAUGGAGAACUUCUCAAUCGAAGUAGUCACUGACAAAGCAAUCGAAUUGAAGAAACAGCCGAAAGUACGCGAAAUAGUCGUACCAACAUCUUACAAAACGAAGAGUGGGGCCAUGUACAAAGCACGAGCGCUUCAGUACUGUUUGGAAGACGAAAUCAACGUAUUGGAAGAUAAAGAUUGGAUCGUGCACUUGGACGAAGAGACACUUUUGACGAAGGACUGCGUUAGAGGAAUUCUUAAUUUUGUUACUGAUGGAAAACAUGAUUUUGGCCAGGGGGUUAUUACAUAUGCCAAUGAGGAUGUUGUUAACUGGGUUACUACUUUGGCUGACAGCGCUAGAGUUGCCGACGAUAUGGGAAAAUUGAGAUUGACUUUGAAGAUGUUCCAUAAACCACUCUUCAGUUGGAAGGGAUCAUUUGUUGUUUCCAGGGCAAGAGCAGAAAAGACAGUAUCAUAUGAUAACGGUCCCGAUGGUUCGAUAGCCGAAGAUUCUUAUUUUGCUUUGAAAGCAUACAAUAUGGGUUACACAUUCGACUUCAUCGAGGGUGAAAUGUGGGAAAAAUCGCCUUUCAGCAUCCUGGACUUCACCAAACAGCGAAAAAGAUGGUAUCAAGGAGUGCUUCUGGUGGUCCAUUCCAAAGAACUUCCAUGGUCCAAACGAAUUUUUCUCGCCUGUCAGGUGUACAACUACAUCUUUCUGCCUCUUCUCACAUCAAACAUACUGUUCUCCAGCGUAUACCCCGUACCGUAUCCAGCAUUCAUAGACUACGUUUCGUCGUUUAUAACGGCAGUGAGCGUCUACAUGUUCAUUUUCGGUGUGAUCAAAUCGGUGGAUGUUAAGAGGGUAGGCCUCGUACGGUUCGCGGCGUGUUUAUGUAGCAUAGUUUUCGUCAUACCGAUCAAUGUGCUCUUAGAAAACAUUGCUUCCGUUUGGAGCAUUAUCGGUAAAAAGCAUCAGUUCGACAUAGUGGACAAAAAGAUUAAAUUAAUGAUUAACUAAUUUCAAACCCAUUACGACAAAUUUCACGUACGUCAAUUGUGGACUUAUUCUUUCUCAUCUGUACAUAUUCCCAUUUGUGAUUCUUUUAUGUAAUUUAUGAUAUGUUUGUAUUACUAUCUAUUAAACACAGAAUAUUUCAUA